AUGCCGCUCUUCACACCAAUCUGGGACUACGAUCGGUUCCCAAUUGGUCCCUGUAUCCGGGAGAACAGCCGGUCGUCCCAGGAACACGAGAGCCCGCUCCUGAUGCUCGAGUAUCACCAGCAGAACCAUCGCCCGCAAAGCAACGUUCGUUCUAACCCCGGUACUGCUCAGAUGAUGCGGUCGGGGUCUUCGUCGUCUUCUGCCUCUGCCUCUUCCGUCACAUCCUUUCAACGACAAAAGAACUACAACAAGCAUGGCAGCAGUCGGAGUAGCAGUAGCAGUAGGCAUGGGAGCCAAAAGAUUCUUCUUAUCAAUGACCUCGGCAAGCCCUUGUCUAAUGGCAAUGGUGUCUCCGAGUUUCUUCCUGGCGCCAGCUCAUCUGCCUCUCUUUCUCCUUCUCUUACUGUCGCCGAUCCAUCCAUUUCCCCAGACCUCCUCCUCUUUUUCCAACCGCCCAUCAACGGAAGUGGUGACCACCACCAUCUUGCCGAUCUGGACCAAGAGCCCAAUACCACAAAGCCAACAACAUCAGCAACAGCACCACCAGCAGCCCCAGUACCGACGAGCAAGUUUGACCUGUAUAAGGCUCAAAUGGACCGUGUCCGAUCCUCACACCGCCUGCACGGACGAUCGGCCUCUGCCUCUGUCUCUGCCUCCCCAACAACAACGGUCAAGGGAGGAUUCCCGUUUCCAUCGACUCCUUCGUCGUCGGUCUAUUCGCCCCCUAGUACAUCAUCGCCUACGACUAUUUAUACUCCGUCUGCCUCAUCCUCUGUCGCGGCCUCCUUUGUCACAUCCUCAAACAAUAACAACUCCAAAAAGGCACACCACCAGCACAAUAUUUUCCCGAAACUGUUCAAGAAACCUACUCUUUCGAAAUCCUCCCGUGUUCGUAACCUUCCCACUGCACAGCACCCAACAACACCUGCAACAGUCACCCCUUCGAUCGUCAACAGCAACAACCACAAUCAGGAUGGGUCCAGAGCCUCACUCUCCCUCUCCCGUCGCGGAUCCCGAUCCAUUGAACACCCACAGCUUCAGAACCAACCACACCUCCAAAGAUCCCCCAUCGAGGAACAACAAGACCGCUGGCGCGAAGAAUGGCUCCGCCCCUCGGGCGCAAUCCACUCCAUGUUCCGCGACGGGCCCUCAAAAUUCAACUGCCCCCACUGCGGUGCCAUGAAAGUCGUCUCCAACAUCCAGUACGUCCCCGGCUUAAUGUCGUACCUGGUCGCGUUCGGACUGAUGUUCUUGACACUGGGCACGUUGAGCUAUUUGCCGUUCCGGAAGGACCAUGAGGGAACCAAGGAUUGUAUCCAUUGGUGUCCCGAGUGUGAGCGCAAGGUUGCCCGGUUCAACCGCGCAAACUCCACCUGGGAGUGGAUCUAA